UCACACAGCAGACAAGUGGCGGAACCGGGAUUAGGAUCCGUGGUGUUUAGAAUUUGAUCUUCUCAGUCUAACACCCAGGGCUUUAAUCUGGAGUGGGAGGCUCAGUAGCCCAACGAGGACAUUCGAAAGCAGGACACACUGGCUGCAGAUUGGCUUAGUGGCCCUGCCCGUACAGGAACCUCCCUGCCCCGUGGUCAAGUGAGGGUAUCGCCUUUCUCGCUGACUGAACCUGAGCUUUGAUGUUUUAGAUGGCAGGCGAAAAAGCAAAGAAGAAGCCUGGCCCCAAGGUCAAGGGCCAGGUCAAAGUCAAGGUCAAGGGCCAGGUCAAGGUCAAGGGCCAGGUCAAAGUCAAGGUCAAGAAGAUCAAAAAGCACCAUUGCAGCCGGAACCCCGUGCUGGCCCGUGGAAUCGGCAGGUAUUCGCGGUCGGCGAUGUUCAGCAGGAAGGCCCUGUACAAGCGCAAGUUCACUGCACCUAAGUCUAAGAUAGAAAGAAAGAAGAAACCCCGUACAACUAUCACGAAGCCCGUUGGUGGAGAUAAGAAUGGAGGGACCAGAGUGGUUAAAGUUCGCAAAAUGCCUAGGUAUUACCCGACUGAAGAUGUGCCUCGCAAGCUCUUGAGUCAUGGCAAGAAGCCCUUCUGCCAGCACAAGAGGAAUCUGCGAUCCAGCAUCACUCCUGGAACUGUUCUGAUUAUUCUCACUGGCCGCCACAGAGGCAAGCGGGUGGUUUUCCUGAAGCAGCUGGCUAGUGGUUUGCUCCUUGUGACGGGACCUCUGACUCUCAACCGUGUCCCUCUGCGUAGGACUCACCAGAAAUUUGUAAUCGCCACCUCUACCAAGGUUGAUGUGUCUGGCGUAAAGCUUCCGAAGCAUCUCACUGAUGCUUACUUCAAGAAGAAGAGGCUGCGUAAGCCAAAACAUCAGGAGGGGGAGAUUUUUGACACAGAGAAAGAGAAAUAUGAAAUUACUGAGCAACGCAAGGCAGACCAGAAGACCGUGGACGCUCAGGUCUUGCAACGUGUCAAGAAGGUUCCUCAGCUUCAGGGCUACUUGCGCUCAAUGUUCUCACUAUCCAAUGGAGUUUAUCCUCACAAAUUGGUGUUCUAAAUGCCUCGCAAAGACCUUAUUAAACUUUGGAAAAAAGUGAA